UUUAUUCCUGUAGUACACGGUGUGCAAGUCAUUCUGAACGACCUCUUCUUCGAGUAUUCUAUAAUUUUAGGUUAGGAUAGAUUUGUAAUUUGUUGUUUUGGUAAUUAUAAUAUAUUUUUAAAAUGUUUAAAUGUUUGCGCCUCGCACUGAACUCUGCAGCUAACAGUCAAGGUUUACUCCUCACAACUGAAAAUUUUGCUAAACAUCAGUUACGGACUACAUUUGUAUUAAAGCGAAGAAACCCGGUUCCGUUGAACAAAAAGGGUCGGGAACCAAAGGCUUUAAAAAGUAAACACUAUGUGUAUGAUGUAGUACAAAUGACACAUGUAGAACGGCAACCAAAUAUAGACAUUAUAUUAAAAUCUUAUGUAGAAGGAAUAGGAAAUGCUGGUAACAGAGUAUCCGUAAAGCCAAAUUUUGCAUAUAACAAUAUCCUGCUGCCUGGAUUAGGAGUGUAUGCUAGUCCAGAAAACCUAGAAAAAUAUAAAAACCAUGAAGUUGAGGAAGAACGACAUAGUUCUCCUAAUGCGCCAAUUACUGCUAAAAUUAUGGCGCGAAUGUUGCUAUCUGUCGUAAUGAAUAUGGAGACACCUUGGACUCUUAAACCGUGGCAUGUAAAAGCGUCUUUCCGAAAAUGUGGAUAUAUUGUACCAGAAGAUACAAUCACACUUCCAGAAAAACCAAUUAAAGGACCUGAUAUGAACUUGCAAGAUAAGGAAUUCUUUGUUACUGUAACUAUAAAUAACCAAGAAAAAGUAAAUGUUAGAUGUAGAAUUCACCAUUGGAAUACUGAUUUAGUGAAAAGGAUACCAUAUACACCCAAUUUCUGGGAACAGCCAGCAGAAGCAAUAUUUUCUGAACAAGCUGCAAUUUUAGAAAAUUUGCCCAAAAAACCGACGGUUAAAAAAAGUUUACCAAACGUGUAAAUGAGCAUAAUAAACAGUAAAAACAAAAAA